GUUUGAGGGACAGGAACUCCCUGCUCGGCUCUUCUCCCCCGCCCAUGAUAAUAACACCAACCGAGGAGAAGAGGAGAUUCCUUUGGCCGACGACUAAAAGUACAAAAAAGUCCUAAUUGAAGGACUUUUUUUUUUGCUUGCCGUGUAGUGUGAUCAACAACCCGGCUUCAUGGCGCUGUAACUCCGGCUACUAUCGCUCAACUUUUUCCCAGCGAAGCAACCACAACUCCGGCCUCAAUAUGACGACCGCAGUGACUCUGGAGGAUGCUCUGUCUAACGUGGACCUGCUGGAGGAGCUGCCCCUCCCUGACCAGCAGCCCUGCAUCGAGCCCCUGCCUGCGUCCCUCAUGUACCAGCCAAACUUCAACACUAACUUCGAAGACAGAAAUGCCUUUGUCACUGGAAUUGCCCGGUACAUUGAGCAGGCCACAGUCCACUCCAGCAUGAACGAGAUGUUGGAGGAGGGUCAGGAGUAUGCCGUCAUGCUGUACACCUGGAGAAGCUGCUCACGAGCAAUACCACAGGUAAAAUGCAAUGAACAGCCAAACAGAGUGGAGAUAUAUGAGAAGACUGUUGAGGUUCUUGAACCUGAAGUCACCAAGCUCAUGAACUUCAUGUACUUCCAACGCACUGCAAUUGACCGUUUUUGUGGAGAGGUGCGGCGCCUGUGUCACGCAGAGCGGCGGAAGGACUUUGUGUCAGAGGCAUACCUCCUCACUCUGGGAAAGUUCAUCAAUAUGUUUGCAGUUUUGGACGAACUCAAAAACAUGAAGUGCAGUGUCAAGAACGACCACUCUGCCUACAAAAGAGCGGCACAGUUUCUCAGAAAAAUGUCGGAACCUUCCUCAAUCCAAGAGUCCCAAAACCUGUCCAUGUUUUUGGCGAAUCACAACAAAAUUACCCAGUCCUUACAGCAGCAGCUGGAAGUCAUUAAUGGAUACGAAGAGCUGCUGGCGGACAUCGUGAAUCUGUGUGUCGAUUACUAUGAGAACAAGAUGUACCUGACUCCAGGAGAGAAGCACAUGUUACUGAAAGUAAUGGGCUUUGGUUUGUACCUUAUGGAUGGCAACAGCAGCAACAUCUACAAACUGGAUGCGAAAAAGAGAAUAAAUCUGACUAAGAUUGACAAGUUUUUUAAGCAACUCCAGGUGGUCCCCCUUUUUGGAGACAUGCAGAUUGAGUUGUCUCGAUACAUCAAGACAAGUGCUCACUUUGAAGAGAACAAAUCAAGGUGGACUUGAUCAAACUCCAGCAGCCCUCAGUACAACAUAUGUGAGCAGAUGAUUCAGAUACGUGACGAUCACAUGCGCUUUAUCUCAGAGCUUGCUCGCUAUAGCAACAGUGAGGUUGUGACGGGGUCAGGUCGACAGGAGUCCCAGAAGACAGACUCUGAGUACAGGAAGCUGUUCGAUUUGGCUCUGCAGGGUAUGCAGCUGCUUUCCCAGUGGAGUGCCCAUGUCAUGGAAGUGUAUUCUUGGAAGCUGGUUCACCCCACUGACAAAUACUCCAACAAAGAGUGUCCGGACAAUGCAGAGGAAUAUGAGAGAGCCACAAGAUAUAACUACAGCAGUGAGGAGAAGUUUGCACUUGUGGAAGUGAUGGCAAUGAUAAAAGGGCUGCAGGUGCUGAUGGGACGAAUGGAGAGUGUAUUUAAUCACGCCAUUCGUCACACCAUUUACUCAGUGCUUCAGGACUUCGCCCAAAUCACUCUGAGAGACCCACUGCGCCAGGCCAUUAAGAAGAAGAAGAACGUCAUACAGAGCGUCCUCCAGGCCAUCAGGAAGACCGUGUGUGACUGGGAGACAGGCCGUGAGCCCCAUAACGACCCAGCCCUCAGAGGAGAGAAAGACCCAAAAGGGGGCUUUGAUAUCAAGGUCCCUCGGCGAGCUGUUGGGCCCUCCAGCACACAGCUCUACAUGGUUCGUACAAUGCUGGAGUCGUUGAUUGCUGACAAAAGUGGCUCUAAGAAAACUCUCCGCAGCAGUUUAGAAGGACCUACCAUUUUGGACAUUGAGAAGUUUCACCGCGAGUCCUUCUUUUACACCCACCUUCUCAACUUUAGCGAGACCCUCCAGCAGUGUUGUGAUCUGUCCCAGCUGUGGUUCAGGGAGUUUUUCCUGGAGCUGACGAUGGGACGCAGGAUCCAAUUCCCCAUCGAGAUGUCCAUGCCCUGGAUCCUCACAGACCACAUCCUAGAGACCAAAGAGGCCUCUAUGAUGGAAUAUGUGCUGUACCCUCUGGACUUGUACAACGACAGUGCUCACUACGCUCUGACCAAAUUCAAGAAGCAGUUCCUGUACGAUGAAAUAGAGGCAGAGGUAAACCUGUGCUUUGAUCAGUUCGUCUACAAGCUUGCGGACCAGAUAUUUGCCUAUUACAAAAUUCUAGCUGGAAGUCUACUGCUCGACAAGCGCUUAAGAGCAGACUGCAAAUCCCAAGGAGCCAAUAUCCCAUGGCCUGCUUCUAACCGCUAUGAAACUCUGCUCAAACAAAAACAUGUCCAGCUCCUUGGUCGCUCCAUUGAUCUAAACCGACUCAUCACUCAGAGGGUUUCAGCUGCUCUGUACAGAUCUAUGGAACUGGCCAUUAACCGCUUUGAGAGUGAAGACCUCACCUCCAUCAUGGAGCUGGAUGGUCUGCUAGAGAUUAACCGGAUGACACACAAACUGCUGUGCAAGUUUUUGACCUUGGACAGUUUUGACGCCAUGUUCAGAGAGGCCAACCAUAAUGUCUCGGCUCCAUACGGACGGAUCACUUUGCACGUCUUCUGGGAGCUCAACUACGAUUUCCUGCCAAACUACUGCUACAACGGGUCCACCAACAGAUUUGUGCGCACAAUCCUGCCUUUCUCUCAGGAGUUUCAAAGGGACAAACCACCCACCGCUCAGCCACAGUACUUGUACGGCUCAAAGACCUUGAACUUGGCCUACAGCAGUAUUUAUGGAUCGUACCGAAACUUUCUGGGUCCGCCUCAUAUCAAAGUCAUGUGUCGGCUGCUGGGUUACCAGGGCAUUGCAGUGGUGAUGGAGGAGCUGCUCAAAGUGGUCAAAAGCCUGCUUCAAGGUACCAUCAUGCAAUAUGUGAAAACUCUGAUGGAGGUGAUGCCUAAAAUCUGCAGACUCCCUCGUCAUGAGUACGGCUCUCCGGGUAUCCUGGAGUUCUUUCAUCACCAGCUCAAAGACAUAGUGGAGUAUGCGGAGCUCAAAACCGUCUGCUUUCAAAACCUGCGGGAAGUCGGCAACGCUCUCCUUUUCUGCCUCCUGAGUGAGCAGAGUCUGUCCCAGGAGGAAGUUUGUGAUUUACUUCAUGCUGCACCUUUCCAGAACAUCCUGCCCAGAGUCCAUGUCAAAGAGGGGGAACGUCUGGAUGCAAAGAUGAAGCGUUUGGAGGCGAAAUAUACAGCUCUGCACAUGGUCCCUCUGAUCGAGCGCCUUGGGACCCCUCAGCAAAUAGCCAUAGCCCGUGAAGGGGACCUCCUGACCAAAGAGCGCCUGUGCUGUGGCCUCUCCAUGUUCGAGGUGAUCCUGACCCGGGUACGUGCUUUCCUCGAUGACCCGAUUUGGCGCGGCCCGUUGCCAAGUAACGGAGUGAUGCACGUGGACGAGUGUGUGGAGUUUCACCGUCUGUGGAGUGCCAUGCAGUUUGUCUACUGCAUCCCCGUGGGCGCUCACGAGUUCACUGUUGAACAAUGCUUUGGGGACGGGCUGCACUGGGCUGGCUGCAUGAUCAUCGCUCUGUUGGGGCAGCAGCGGCGCUUUGACAUCCUGGACUUCAGCUACCACCUGCUCAAGGUCCAGAAACACGACGGCAAGGACGAGGUCAUCAAGAGUGUGCCUCUCAAGAAAAUGGUUGACAGGAUCCGCAAAUUCCAGGUGCUUAACAAUGAAAUAUUUGCCAUUUUGAACAAGUACCUGAAGUCUGGGGAUGGUGAGAACAUGCCAGUCGAACAUGUGCGGUGUUUCCAACCUCCCAUUCACCAGUCCCUCGCCAGCAGCUGAAGUAUUACUACUUUUACAAAUAUUUCAAUACUACAAUAUUGUGGACCAGUGAUACUUCCAAACACAUUGCCAUAGUACCACAAAUAUUCCUUUAUCGUGUAUUUCAGGUUGCAAUAGCAGGACCAUUGAAUUCAAGUUAAAGUUGGGCCACUUUUUAUUGUUAAUGAUAUUUUGUAUUCACUUGUGCCUUAUUAUCAUAAAUUAAUACAAUAUUUUGGUAACUAUUUUAUACUUGGAAAUCUGAAAGUAAUUUUGGGACUUAGUUUUAGCAGAUAAAUAUUUAAGGGUUGCAGUGGUUUAUUAUAAUGGGUGCAAAAGUAUUUUAAGAAAGGGUUUGAAAGUCCAUUUUGGAUUUUGCAUGUUAAAACAUUUUAUAAUAUCUGAGAAAUAAGACCUUUAUACUCAUGUUAAGCAUUUAUUCAAUGUGCCUUGUGUUUCAGAUGUUUUAAAUCAUUUUAAUUCAAUAAAUAUGUAACAAAUCUG